UACACGAACAGCGCCAACGCCACUCGCGUCGUCGUACUUACUCGCCGCCGCCGCCGUGCGUUUUUUCCGCGUAUUUUUGUCGCCUAAUCCGCCGCACAACCGCGGCUCACACCCGGCUACCACCCGCACAUCCCGCCACGAGAGUGCGUGACGGACAGCACAGCUCGCACACACGUCUUGCGCGCAAGAAAAAGUCGCGGUUUCGCGGAAAAGCCGAAAGCCACGCAUUCCCGGCAGACCGGAUCGGCAUUUUCACGUCAUCUGUUCGAAAAAUCUUCUUUCUGCCCCUCAUCCGUGAUAGUAUAGUGAGCCCGCGGUCUGUCAUCAGUCGCGUCUGCGGCAUCAUCCCCUCGCUUGGUAUAUACUCGGUGUAUACCGCGUAGUGGUCGCCACGCGCAUACACCGAAUUAUAUUAUUACUGUAACGCACGCAAAUAUUAUAUCAUAUUCACGAUUAUUGUUAUCAUCAAUAAUAUAAUAAGUACUACUAUAUUAUUAUCUGAACGACAGCAACAGCAACCCGCCGCCGCCGCCGCCGCCGCUGCCGACCACCGUCGCCGCAGCCGCCGCCAAUAUCGCGGCGAGCCCGCGAACCGCUGCCGCUUCCGUCGUCAAGUCCGUUUUCCCGUCGCUCCGCAAAGGCAGGUGAAUUCAAACGAUAUUGUAGCCGCAUCAUCCGCACUUCGACUUAACCAUGGCGGUUGUAUUAAACUCAAUUCAAGGAUUUUUUGACAACUAUGGAGACCCUCGUACCAAGGAUUGGUUUUUGAUGAGCAAUCCUCUACCCACGGCACUGAUAUGCGCCACAUACGUGUUCACCGUCAAAAUUGCAGGACCGCGAUUAAUGGCCAAUCGCAAGCCCAUGGAAUUGAGAAACAUACUCAUCGCUUAUAAUCUUUUCCAAGUCAUAUUCAGUUCUUGGUUGUUCUAUGAGCUUGGCAUAUCAGGUUGGCUGACUGGCAGGUAUAAUUUCCGGUGUGAGCCGGUAGAUUACUCGAAUCAUCCAAUGACCCUGCGGAUGGUAAACGUAUGUUGGUGGUAUUAUUUCUCAAAAUUCACAGAAUUCAUGGACACGAUAUUCUUUGUUCUCCGAAAAAAGGAUAGGCACAUUUCGACCCUGCACGUGAUUCAUCAUGGAGUGAUGCCAAUGAGCGUAUGGUUUGGAGUUAAGUUCACACCAGGUGGUCACAGCACGUUCUUCGGAUUGCUGAACACGUUUGUGCAUAUUAUUAUGUACGCAUACUACUUGUUGGCUGCUCUGGGUCCCAAUGUACAGAAAUACUUAUGGUGGAAGAAGUACUUGACCACCCUGCAAAUGCUGCAAUUUUUGGCUAUUAUGCUGCAUGCAUUCCAACUUCUGUUCAUCGACUGCAACUACCCGAAGGCAUUUGUCUGGUGGAUCGGCAUGCACGCGGUCAUGUUUUUCUUCUUAUUCAAAGAGUUCUACAAGCAACAGUACACAAAACCGUCAAAACAAGCGGCCGGCGCUCAGUCCAAACCCUCGGUCAACGGCUCGUCCAAGUCGUCCAACGGCUACAGCAAACAAUCGGACUACUACAUAAACAGCAAUGGUCUGUCUAGGCCUGACCUAGUACACAGGGCUACGGCCGGAUCGCACUGACCGCCGCCGCCGCCACUGAUGACGGCAAGUCACAGCAGCCGUCGAAAUCGCCGCUGCCACUGCUAAACGAUGGCUGCUAUCGUCUUUGCCGCCAACAACAAUAUUGCUCAACACGCCCAAAUUAAUAAUAUUAUUUGACCUAUGGACACGUCUGUGUUCCGAGCAGACAUUUUUUUUUUUUUUUGUAGUGGACAAAUUACUCUAUCCCUCUUACCCCCUCCCCUAUUUCUCGCUCUCUCUCUCUCUAUCUCUAUCUCUCUAUGUCUCUUUUUCUCCCUUUUUUAUUAUUAGGUAUAAUUAUUUUUAAUAUUAUCAUAUCGUAUAUAUAUAUUAUGUAUUAUGUAUGUGUAUUAUAUAUAUAUAUAUAUAUUAUUUAGUAUAAUAACGUGACCUAUUUUUUGUUUCAUUUGUAUUACUCCUCUGUCACCGCCGAGUCGAAUCGCGCCUGGUCGUUGUCGCCACUGAGUAUACGAAAGAAAGAAAACUUAUUCUGCCUAAAAAAAAAAAGAAAUCUAGUGAGAUUAUUGUUUUUUUUCUUCAUUAUUCUUAUUAUUUCGAGCAACUGGGGCUAUAUACAUUACGAUAAAAAAUAUAUCACAUAAUAUGUAUAUACGAUAUUCGAUAUAUAUAUUUUAAUUUAUAAGUCUGUCUAUUAUCGUACGUUAUAGUAAUAAUUAUUGUAUACCAUCGUGUUAGGUGUUGGAAAUUUACAGUCCGCAUAUUAUCGUGUGUAAAAACGUUUUUUACGCAUUUUUUUUGCGUUUUGUACAAGUAUUUUUUUCGUUUUAAAUUUAUUUAAGACACGUGAACAGAUAAAAAAAAACAUUUUUUUCAGACGAAACAAUUUUGAUAUAAAAUUCAGUUGUGUUUUUCAAAAUGUUUUGAUGUGAUACCUAUGUAACGUUUGUUUUAUAUAUUUUGUGUAAUGAUUUAAACCACAUGUGAUUAUUAUUAUUAUUAUUAUAAUAAUUAUUUUUAUUAUUAUUAUUAUUAUUUUAUUAUUAUUAUUAUUAUUUUGUACGAAACACGGCCUCACGUGCCUUAGUAUUACGGGACCAGUGUAAUUACUAAUAAUAAUUAAGAGAUUAUAUACGCUCUCGUGUAUAAGAAUAUUAUCAUGUUUACGUUACAAAAAAUUGUAUACUGUUUAGUGUUGUAUAAUAUAUUAUUAUAAUAAUGAAAAUAAAGGUUCCCGGUAUUUUUAUGUGCCAGCAAAUACAAACGAAU